AUGCAACCUGCAGAUCAUGUCAACCUUGAUUCCAACCAAAUUGCUUCUAUUGUGAUGAACUCUGUAAAGGAAAAUCCUUCCAUACCUAUCAAAAGUUUGGUAGCUGAAAUUAAAAAUCGUUUCGGGUAUUCAGUUUCAUAUGACAAAGCCUGGAAUGGUAAGCAAAAAGCGCUUGCUAAGGAGUUCGGAGAUUGGGAAGAGUCUUACAAUGAACUUCCCAGGUGGUAUGAAGCUGUACAACAAAACAAUCCCGGCACAAUAAUUCAAUGCACUGGAUCUCCUGUACAAGUAAGUGGCCAACCUGACCCUUCUUACUAUAUUAAGGAACGCGUAUUUUGGUCUUUUGGACCAUGCAUCCAAGGGUUUAACUAUUGCAAGCCAGUUGUCCAAGUAGAUGAUGGGACAUUUCUGACAGGAAGAUAUCAAGGGACAUUGCUAACAGCACUAGCUCAAGAUGGGUCACGUAAUAUAUUCCCUUUGGCCUUCGCGAUAGUGGAAGGAGAAACAAAGGAGGCCUUGAUAUGGUUUUUUCAAUUGUUAAGGGAGCACGUUACACCACAAUCAAACCUCUGCUUGAUAACAGACAGGGGGAAAGGCAUAUUGGCAACCCUACAAUCUGAAGAAGUACAAUGGGAAGCAGAUGGACUGCAAUCAGUAAACUGCAUACGUCAUAUUGUUUCAAAUUUCAACAAAAAAUUCAAGAAUCACGAAUUGAAGAACUGA